AUGGCCACCAACACCUAUCCGCCAGGUAGUAUGGACACCGGGGGUCUGGACAUCGAAUCCAAAGCCUCGGCCUACCACUCCGAAAAGGCCCCCUCAGCCUCCACCUCCUCCUCCCCCAACCCGGACGUGGCGGCGGCCGCCGUCAUCACCAGCGGCACCAGCAGCACGGACUUUAACCUGUCGCCCGCCGAGGAGAAGCGCAUCAAGCGACACAUUGACCGGCGGCUGGUCAUGACCAUCGGCGCCAUGUACUGCGUAUCGUUGAUGGACCGCACCAACCUGGGCGCGGCCAACAUUGCCGGCAUGGGCAAGGAGCUGAAGCUGAUUGAUAACCGGUACUCGAUCGUGUCGCUGGUGUUCUUUGUGACGUAUGUCCUGUUUCAGCCGCCGAGUACGGUGAUUUGCCGCAAGAUUGGGCCGAGGAUUCACAUGAGUGUGUUGACGCUGUUAUGGGGGAGCGUCAUGAUUGGGAUGGGGUUCGUCAAGAGUUGGGAGCAGUUGGCGGCUUUGAGGGUGGUGUUGGGUGUUUUGGAGGCUGGUUUCUUCCCCUCCUGCGUCUACCUCCUUUCCACCUGGUACACGCGCUACGAAGUCGGCAAGCGCAACUCGGUCUUCUACCUAACCGGCUGCGUCGCCUCCGCCUUCGCCGGCAUUCUCGCCUACGGCCUGAUGCAGAUGGGCGGGCUCGCCAACCUCACCGGCUGGCGCUGGAUCUUCAUCAUCGAGGGCGUGCUGACCUGUCUGUUGGGAAUCGCCGGCUACUGGCUACUAGUCGACUUCCCCGACUCCCCUCGCAAGACCUGGUCCUUCCUCUCGGCUCGGGACCGCGAGUGGGUGUGCGCGCGCGUGCAGGCGGACCGCGGCGACGUGGUGCCCCAAAAGUUCCUCAUCAGCAAGUACCUGUCGUCCGGUCGGGACUGGAAGGUGUGGGCGUACGCCAUGAUCUUCUUCAACACCACCACCAUCAGCUACGCCCUCUCCUUCUUCCUGCCCAUGAUCCUCAACACGGGCAUGGGCUUCAACAUUGCGCAGUCGCAGUGUCUGGUCGCUCCUCCUUAUGCUUUCGCCGGCUUCAUCAUGUUUGCUGGCGCCUACGUCGGCGAUCGCUUCCGCAUCCGCGGCCCCAUUGUGGCUUUCAACGCGCUGAUCGCCGUCAUCGGCGUCCCUAUAAUGGGCUUCGCUGCCAGCGCCAAGGUCCGCUACUUCGGUGUGUUCCUGGUCACUGCCGGCGCCAACUCGAACGUGCCGGCGGCGAUGAGCUACCAGGCCAACAACAUCCGCGGACAGUGGAAGAGGGCGUUCUGCAGCGCCACGUUUGUGUCGUUUGGUGGCAUCGGCGGUAUCGCUGGUAGCUUGGUCUUUCGGGAGCAGGAUAAGCUCACGGGCUACAAGCCGGGUUUGUAUGCGUGCAUUGCGACCAGUCUGUUGACUCUGGUGCUUGUCGCGUGCUUGACUGUCUCUUUCUGGAGGGAGAAUAAGAAGGCGGAGAGGGGUGAGAAGGAAUUGGAGGCUGAGGAUGACGAUGCCCAGCCUGGAUUCCGCUACACCUAUUAACUUCUGUGUUUUCUAUAUUUAAUGUUAGUAAUGAUAUGACUUGG